AUGCCCCACCGCGUGGCUAACUUCAUUCGCACCUCAUCUGGCAACAUUGCUCAGAUCAAGAAGGUUGCCCGAUCACGAACAAGCAGUCCAUACACAUCAGACGGCGAAGACCGUCCUCAAAUCCAUGCUGUCAAGAUGGCUGAACUCGCUGAUGCCGUCAAGAAGCACCACCGCAUUUCUCUGCCUUUUGGCAAGUCCCACAAGGAUCACCCAUCAGAUGUUUCCAUCGAUUGGAGCAUCGAGAGCCCGCCAGUAGUCUUCCACGGCAACACCGAGGAGAGUACUGGUGCGCUCAUCACUGGGCAGAUGUUUUUGGAUGUCAAGGACGAGAUUGUCGAGGUUGGAAGCUUCGCUGCUUCUCUCAAGCUUCACGUCUACCAGAAGAGACCCUACCAGAGCCACUGCACAGACUGCCAGAACCAGUACACUGAGCUUAAGAGCUGGCAAUUCCUGGCCCAACCUACCACUCUCCGAAAAGGUCGACACGCAUUCCCUUUCUCUAUCCUCCUCGAUGGUCACCUUCCCGCUACUAUGGACACUCCCGUGGUCGCCAUUUCUUAUGAGUUCAAGGCCGAUGCCUACGUGACAAAGAGCGUUCACUCAGCCAGUGGCUCUGUUACACCUAUCCGAUUCGAGCGAACUGUACCUGUGAAGCGAUCCCUCCCCGAAAACGAAAUUCCUCACCACUCUGUUCGCGUCUUCCCUCCCACCAACAUCAAGGCCAGCGCCCACUACAACAAUGUCAUCCAUCCUACUGGCACCAACAAUGUCAGCCUUCGACUUGAUGGCCUCAUGAGCCGCAACGAGAAGGCCAAGACCAUUGACUUCUGGCGACUUAAAAAGGUUACCUGGAGACUUGAGGAGACCAUCAAGUCCUCGGCUCCUGCUUGCGAGCGACAUGCCCCCGCUUCAACUCAAGAUGCCGAGAAGAAGAGCCUCCCCCGCCAGGAGGUCCGCGUUCUAGGCGAGAAGCACCUUCACGAUGGCUGGAAGUCUGACUUUACUGGCACUGAUGGUAAGGUUGAGAUGGAAUUCGACUACUUUGCCAACCAGUACAAGUCUCACACCAAAGAGCUCAAGUUCGCCUGCGACACCAAGUCUCUGGAAGGUGUUGAGGUGACCCACUCACUGCUCAUCGAGCUUGUUGUCUCCCGGGAAUAUGCUCCCGAAGGCAAGCCUCAACUGGCUACCCAGACUGGCACCGGCCGCAUCUUGCGUAUGCACUACGGUGUUGUCAUGACUGCUCAUGCUGGUAUGGGUGUCAGCUGGGAUAAUGAGGCUCCCCCCGUCUACCAAGACGUGCCUCCUAGCCCCCCUGCCUACCCUGCCAUCGAGUCUCCCAUCCAGUACGAUAGCUUGGAGCAUAUCGACGCCCAUCGACUCAGCAGCCUUUCCAACUCCCCUCUUGUUCUCUCGGAAGAUGAAGGCCAAUAA